AUGUAUGUUAUUUGUGGCAGUUUUGUGGAUGCCAAGAACGUGUUCUAUAAGCUUGAACUUAGGUCUUCGGCUUGGUCUUGGAAUUGGAUGAUUAGAGGGUUUACAAUGAUGGGUUGGUUUGAUUUUGCCUUGUUGUUUUACUUUAAGAUGUUGAGUUGUGGUAUUUCUCCCGAUAACUAUACUUUUCCUUGUGUGAUAAAGGCUUGUGGUGGUUUGAAUAAUGUAAGGUUGGGUAGUUCUUUGAUCAAAUUGUAUGAAGAGAAUGGUUGUAUCGGUGAUGCACGGUAUUUGUUCGAUAAAAUGCCUCAUAAAGAUUGUGUAAUGUGGAAUAUUAUGCUUAAUGGUUAUGUAAAAAAUGCAGAUAGUAGUAGUGCUCUGCAAAUGUUUUUGGGAAUGAGAUAUAGUGACAUUAGGCCCAAUUCAGUGACAUUUGCUUGUAUAUUGUCUGUUUGUUCCUCAGAAGCAAUGGUUGUUUUGGGGACCCGGCUUCAUGGACUUGUUACUAGGUGUGGGUUGGAGUUGGAUUCUCCUCUGGCUAACACAUUGUUUGCUAUGUAUUUGAAAUGCCAGAAACGGUUUGAUGCAUGCGAGCUAUUUGAUAGGAUGGCGCAAACUGAUUUGGUAACUUGGAAUGGAAUGAUUUCCGGAUUUGUACAAAAUGGGUGUAUGGGCGAGGCCUCACAUUUGUUUCGUGAGAAGUUAUCUAUUGGUGUCAAACCAGACUUGAUCACCUUUGCAAGUUUCCUUCCAUCAGUGACUGAAUUCGCAUGUCUCAAACAAGGAAUGCUUUGGGAUGCCAAGGACAGAAUCAUCCUCGACUAUAUCUCUAGGCCAUUUGGACUUGCGUUUGAUGCUACUGAUGCUGAAAAGGUCCUCAACACCGAGCCAUGGAGUUUUGAUAAAAAUUUAGUCAUCGUGCAACGUUAUGACAGGAGCAAUGUUGAGGAAGAUCUGAAAUUUGAUACAACAAUGUUUUGGGUACAAGUUCAUGGACUACCAUAUCAAUAUAUGAAUGUCAAGGCCGCGGAGAAAAUAUGUGAAGUGCUCGGCAAGGUUGUUCACUCCGAAAAUCCUGAUGCAACUGAGGGAGGACAUUUUGUGAGGAUUAGGGUAUCACUAGAUGUCACUCUUCCUCUAUGCCGUGGUCUAAUUAUUUUACUGGAGAAUGAUAAGAAGAUUUGGAUAACUUUCAAGUAUGAGUGCCUCCCCAAUGUUUGUUAG